AUGACAGCUAGGCGGAAUGUCGAAGUCCAGCAUUUGCGCACGUUCAUCGAUGCCAGGAAACGCAGCAUUGAGUCUGCAGAGAGACGUUACGAUGUUCCAGCUGCUGUUGCAGAGAUGCGUAAUCUCGCUUCCCCCUUGCUCAACCCCGAUCGUUUUUCAUCGGCGUGGAAGGACUUAUACCUGGAAUUUUUCUAUAGCGAAGUUGCAGCUUUUAUGCUAAGUUUUGUGGCCAUUCACAUUGAGAUUUGCUUGUCAGAGCGAGACCGGAAGCAGGCGUUUGACAUCUUUUUCGACUGCCAAAUUGUCCCUUCAAGCCGUGUAAUUGGUGUACUGACGGCAAAACUUUUAGCAUCCAAGACAAGAGCAGACGCAACUGAUCGAAUGGCAGAUGAGGAUGCAGAGAUUUCUAUUGUACAGUGUGUCCGACUGCUGGAGAAAGCUAUUGUCGCCAAUGGGAUGGAAGUCGUUGUGACGGAAAUGCUGGUGCAAGAGCAGGAAUCAGUGAAGGAUAUGAUUGGCCUCCAGGUGCUUGUUACGCAGCUUUUAUCCCUGCCAGAUAUUGUCUUCAAUCGUCGUCAGCACGACACCCCAGCCGUAUUCCGCCCUCGUCGAUACUUUCCGACGCUCUGCGAUGGCCUGUUUCACAGUCUCUCGAUGCAAGAGACAUACGUAAUUCAGUCGCGCACCUUCCGGAUGUUUGCUGACAAGCUGACACGCAUCGGCCAAGCCCAAGCACUUGUCCAGAGCUGGCUGCGCUUCAUCGGCACUUCACCGACAACGAAAAUAAACUGCACAUUAUUCCAACACCUUCCAGAAUCAUGUCACGAGCAAAUUUUGCUCCAGAUUGCAAGCUUGAAGAUUCCGUGCUAUUUGAGCGUGCAACAAGCGCUGGCUCACCCAAAGUACAGGCUUCUUGCCCAAAUCCCUCCAGCACUGUGUGCUAAAAAGCAGUUUCAGUAUGUUGUCACGCGCAAGUUGCUGCUUCGAAAGCCGAUUGAUGACUUUUUCUUCUGGCGAGUUAUUGUUGACGUUUUGGCGCAGUGUGACGGUGAUCCAUUCCAAUCUCCGCUGGCAGCCGUAUUUGACGUGGUACUUGCGCGGUGGUGCCAAAGCGAUUUUGCAGUUAGCACCGAGUAUACCGUGAAUUCUUCGGUGUGUUUUUUUCUUCGCUACAGUCUGCACAAGCUUACGGAGGAGAGCGGAGGGGCAGCAUUUACGCAGCAAAGUUGGAUCACUAAAUUAUGCAAAGGAGUCCAAGACCACAUGAGUCAUUCUUUAAAGCGUGUACGAGUGCUAGGCAUGCGGGUGGGGGAAAGCUUGUCGCAUGUAAUUGCAUCUGAAAAGCCGCUAGAAUUUGGUCUUGAGGAUGAAGAUCCUUUAACAACAUACGGGUGUCCCGUGCUACCUGAAGAGCUCGAACUGGGUAUUGUAAGACUUGAUCUCGCCAACCAAGAAACAUCUCAUGAGACUCUGUCUACACCCGGCAUAGCUCGCAGCAAAGGGAACCAAAGUCGACGAAAACAUUCGAAAAAGCACUUUGACAAACCGUUUACGCUUGACCCAGACGAGCUGGUGCUUAGUGAUGAUCCCGAUGCCUCCGAUGGGGAUGACAAAUCCGAAUUUAGUUUUGACGGUGCCCAUUCUGAUUCCGACAUGAGCCUGGAAGCGUAUGACUUUCACGAUGACGAAGAAGAUUUAACAGCCAAACGACCGCUGUAUCUGAAGGACCUGAUUGCUAGCCUUUUAUCGGAUGAUGAUCACGAGAAGAUCGAAGCUGCAUUGAACGAGACCGAAUCACUACUACGUCGCCGACCACGCGACCUGAACGACAAAGCAUACGAGGUUGUCAGGGCACUGCUUCGACUUGAAGACAAGUUCAACACUCCUCAAUUUACCAGGCUACGCUCACAGGCUCUCGCUACGACCUGUGCACUGGCGCCGGCUCAAACCUUGCCGUACCUGUGCAGCCAGGCACUAGAACGAGAGCAGUUGCUACAGUCCCGCAUUGACGUGCUUCAGGCGAUGACAUCAGCUGCUCAGGAGCUUUCCGAGAGAGGUAGUGGCUAUCAGCGUUCGCAACCGCCCAAAACACUGCUCCAAGAAAGCAACUUGGGGACAUACACUAUGCAAAGCCUAAAAACACGUCGAUGGGGUUAUCGACGCGACCCACUCACCUCUCCAAAGAGAAAUGCCUUUGCACCGUACGCAUUGGAAUUUUUCUCGCCUUUAUUGUUCGGGUACGUCAAGUACGUGCGAAAGCAUUCAACGGUAUCAGGCACCUCUGGAAAAACCCGCAAUGAAGUUGAGCAAACAUUCCUGGCGCAUUUGCUACACGCUCUCGCAAACUUUGUCGAGUGUAGCGGGAACACUCCACAGACAAUAGCAAUGGCCAAGUGCCUGCUGGAAUUUGUCUGGAGCGAGCGCUUCAACACAAAUGCCGAAGUACGUCGUCAGGUGUUGUUCAGUCUGAGUCGCGUGCUGCUAGUUGCGUCACCAACGCUGCUACGACAGGAAAUGGGCAAAGCGCUUACAGAAAUGGCACCAUGGCUACAUCAAGUACAGAAUCACGACCCGGACGCGGGUUGUCGCGAGGCGGCACAAUUACUGAGCUCGUUCGCAUCGAUAGCAUCUGUAUCCCUAUCGUCUGAUUAA